ACUGGGUAGAAGCGCGUUGGGAGGUAGAGUUGGAGUAUAACCCAAUAUUUAACAGAUUUGCUUUGCAUUUUGCAAUUUCAUAUCCCAAAGAAAAUACUUAUAUAAAAACAAUAGUUUUCUAGUUUCACGAGAGCUCUGUCCUGAUUGGAUCCAUACAAAAUCUCUCUCCUAACUCUAUCAUAUCACCCAAACGAGGUUUAAAGACUUGAAUGAGGGAGAGGGAUACAUGUAAUUCAGAUUUCCAGUUAAAACAGAAGCUGAAGACUCGAGCUUUAAAGUAUUCGUCAAUUCUCGCUGAUUUUCGGGGAUCUUCUUUAGCUCUUUCUACCCCCAGUCUAGUAGCAUUUCUCUUUUGCCCAUUUAAGGUUAGAAAAUGUCAAGGCCUCUGCAUCGAGGCAUAUCCGGCAUGCGGAUCUCCGGGAACAACCACGAUUUAUGGGAUUCCCAAAUGAAAGAUAAAACAGAAAAGGAAGAUUUGGAUAGGAACCGCUCUUCGGAUCACAGUUAUUUAUCCCUCCAGUUUCCUCUCAAAGUACUUCUCGCUGAUAAUAAUUCUCCUUCUAAAUAUGGAAGCAGAGAAAAUGGCUUUGCUUCUGAUCCAUUCAGCAUUGGGACUCCACGGAGCAGGCACAAAUUAACAUUGUUACUUUUGAAGUUGAGCUUAGUUGUGAUUUUAGUUCUUGCUCUUACGGGAUCUUUAUGGUGGACUAUCUCAAUAUCAGCCUCGUCAAGAGGUCAAAUACUCCAUAACUAUAGGCGACUUCAGGAGCAACUUGUUUCGGACUUAUGGGAUAUUGGCGAGCUGUCUCUUGGUUCUUCAAGGUUUAAGGAAGUGGAAUUCUGUUCUCAGGAGUCUGAAAAUUAUGUUCCUUGCUUCAAUGUAUCAGAGAAUCUUGCUUUGGGUUUUUCUAAUGGUGAUGAGAAUGACCGUCAUUGUGGGCAAGGGUCAAGGCAAAGCUGUCUACUGCUUCCCCCAGUAAAUUAUAGGAUUCCUCUGCGGUGGCCUACUGGAAGGGAUGUCAUCUGGGUUUCAAAUGUUAAAAUUACUGCACAGGAGGUACUCUCCUCCGGUAGUCUGACCAAGAGGAUGAUGAUGUUAGAUGAGGAGCAGAUUUCCUUUCGUUCAUCCUCUAUGUUUGAUGGUGUUGAAGAUUACUCGCAUCAAAUUGCUGAAAUGAUUGGACUGAGAAAUGAAUCUAACUUAAUACAAGCUGGGGUAAGAACCAUUUUGGACAUAGGAUGCGGUUAUGGUAGCUUUGGAGCACAUCUAUUUCCGAAACAACUUUUAACUAUGUGCAUUGCAAACUAUGAAGCUUCAGGCAGUCAAGUUCAACUUACUCUUGAAAGAGGUCUUCCUGCAAUGAUUAAUUCCUUCUCUUCAAAACAGUUGCCAUAUCCUUCUCUCUCCUUUGAUAUGUUGCAUUGUGCACGGUGUGGCAUUGAUUGGGACCAAAAAGAUGGUAGUUUCUUGAUUGAAGUUGAUAGAGUUUUAAGGCCUGGUGGAUAUUUUGUCUGGACUUCACCUCUUAUAAAUGCUCGGAAUAAAGAGAAUCUGAAAAGAUGGAACUUUGUUCGAGAUUUUGCUGAAAAUAUCUGUUGGGAGAUGUUGUCUCAACAAGAUGAAACUGUUGUAUGGAAAAAAACUACUAAAAGGAAUUGCUAUAGUUCCAGGAAGCCUGGUUCAGGCCCUUCUAUAUGCAGUAGAGGCCACGACAUUGAAACUCCUUAUUAUCGACCACUCCAAGCAUGCAUUGCAGGAACACAGAGCCGCCGAUGGAUUCCUAUAGAAGAGAGGAGAACGUGGCCUUCUAGGUCUCAACUGAGCAAGAGUGAGCUUGCAAUAUAUGGGCUGCAUUUAGAAGAAUUAGCAGAGGAUUCUGCAAACUGGAAAACAGCAGUCCAUAACUAUUGGUCACUUCUGUCACCAUUAAUAUUCUCUGACCAUCCAAAGAGACCUGGUGAUGAGGACCCUUCUCCACCUUAUAACAUGCUCAGAAAUGUGCUGGACAUGAAUGCUCAUUUUGGUGGUUUUAAUUCUGCACUGUUGGAAGCUGGAAAGUCUGUGUGGGUUAUGAAUGUGGUGCCAACAACUGGACCUAACUACCUACCCUUGAUUCUUGACAGGGGCUUUGUUGGUGUAUUGCAUGACUGGUGUGAACCAUUCCCAACAUACCCUAGAACUUAUGAUUUAGUGCAUGCAGCAGGACUUCUAUCACUUGACUCUGGUAAGCAGCGUAGGUGCACCAUGCUGGACAUAUUCAUGGAGGUUGAUCGAGUAGUUCGCCCAGAGGUAUCCAGUUUAAGGUUGGGUGAUAAUACAUGACACGGUUCCGCUCAUUGAAUUAGCAAGAACACUAGCUACGAGGCUGAAGUGGGAUGCAAGAGUCGUAGAAAUAGAAAGCAACAAUGAUGAGAGGCUCCUUAUCUGCCAGAAACCUUUCUUUAAAAGACAAACAAGCUGAUUUUGAGUUUUUCAAAAGGAGACCGAGAAGUUAAAUCAUUCUAUUGGUAUUCAUUUUGCAAUGUUAUUGAUGAUCAUAAGGCUCCAUCACAGAAUGGAGGAUUCAAAAAUUUUUGAACAGACAGAAAGAGGAAAGCAAAACACAGAGGAGAGGAACCAAACAACCUUUCAGUGGAUCCCCCACAAAUCCUGUGAAGCCGUAAGGUUUACAUAGGGCCAUGUAAUUACUAAUUACUCAGUUGAGGUGCCAAGCAAAACGAAAAGUAUAGAUCAGAUUUAAUUUAAUUAUCAAUUUUCUGUGCAAUGUCAAAUUUCAACUAUACAACCACAUGAUUUAAGAUUGUGAAGAUGAUUACAGAAUAAGCUAGUGGUAUUUUAUGUAGUAUAUAAAUGCUUGGCAGUUUGUUUUA